UGACAAGAGAAACUUAGUACCUAUUUUUGAAGUAAAUUCAAAAUCAUUUUUGUCACCUGCUGCAAAUAUGGCCAAUCUUUGCUGUCCUUCCUUCAUUAUUAUGCUCUUGCUAAUCACCUUGUCUAUUCAUGUAGAGUCUCGUCAUCUUUUAGAGACAACAUUGCCAGAGAUACCUGAGCUUCCUAAGCCUGAAUUGCCUGAGUUGCCAAAGCUUGAAGUGCCUAAAUUUCCUGAGUUGCCCAAAAUUCCUGAAUUACCAAAGCCUGAAUUGCCCGAGUUGCCAAAGCUUGAAGUGCCUAAAUUUCCCGAGCUGCCAAAAAUUCCUGAAUUACCAAAGCCUGAAAUUCCAGAAUUGCCAAAACUUGAAGUGCCUGAAAUUCCCGAAUUGCCAAAACCUGAAGUGCCUGAAGUUCCUGAAUUGCCAAAGCCUGAACUGCCAUCUUUUCCCCACUUGCCUGAGUUGCCAAAGCCUACAUUGCCUACUAUACCAACUCUUCCCGAGGAAAUCAAACCACCUCAGUCAACUACUAGUCCUUAAACAAACAUACCAUCUAUGAUACAAGCUUUGAUUUGUGAUCUGCUAUAUUUGAGUCGAGUGUUUCUUGUUGACAGUCUGAUUAUGUAUUGUAUACAUACUUAAAUUGUACUAUGUAUCAAUUCUAUUCAAAGUUUGCAUUUCUAUUUAUUUUCGGUUUAACCUACACAUUAUGUAUGUUUUGAGUUAAUUUGCUAUAUAUAGAAUUAUUUCGGCUUC